UGGCUUGGCUUAUUUUUUGAAAUCAUGAACUUCUCGGUCUUUCAUCUUCUAAAGUUGACCACUUUUGACUUGUUCAAUGCAGGCUAGAAUUUUGGCACUUAAUGCAUCAUAUUUUCUCAAGGCGGGUGGCCAUUUUGUUAUAUCAAUCAAAGCCAACUGCAUCGACUCGACCGUUCCAGCAGAGGCAGUGUUUGCAAGUGAGGUGAAUAAGCUAAAGGCAGAUCAAUUCAAACCCACUGAGCAAGUAACUCUUGAACCAUUUGAGCGAGAUCAUGCUUGUGUUGUUGGUAUCUAUCGGGCGCCGAAGAAACAGAAGCCCGCUGCAUAGACUAUCCAAUGAACUAGGAUCUUGAUUAUGUGAACAGUUUAUUGAUUGCUACUGCUAGCUUGUAGGCGGGAUCAUUUUAAAGGGGAGACUA